CUCCAACGGCUUCCAUCAUCAUUCCCAAUGUCGCCAGGAACUGCCCUGCAGCUUCCACACCUUCCUGACUUCCUGAUAUAUGCCUUGCUCUUCAAAGACGUGAAGAAUGCGGCGCAUUUGCGGCAGCAGCUCGUAGCCGGCAACACGGAAUUUGAGUACGCCUUCCUUGAUGCCACAAAAAUUUUGUCUGUAAAUCAUGCCCUAGCAGCGGUGUUCCGCGCUGUGAAUGACAUGAUACACAACCGUCUGAAGAGUCGCAAUGUACACUCGGAAAUCGUUUUUUCCUUGAACCCUAACAAUAAUAUAGCAGAUUCUUUCCGCCGGUUUGGCGUGACGGACAGUACUAAACACGUACUGGCUGUCAAAGUGGUAGCAAAGCAAGCUCAAGGUGUUCAACCUGUUGAUCCAGAGACCCAUCUCAAGGCUGUUGUAGAAGGUACGCACGUGGACUUCAACGACGAGAAUUUGAAGGAUAUAGCAGAUCUUCCCCAGAUCAGGAAGUUGUAUAAACUCGAUGCGCCAUUGCCGUCUAAGGCCGGCAAGAACAAGCCGAAGAAAGCGGCGGAUAAUGAAGCCAGUGAUUCCGCUCAGACGAAUGGUAUCAACAUCGAGAUAGAUAAUGUCCGUGACAUGGAAGCAGUCAUUUUAGGUAUUAUGGCACUUAAAGGCUCGUGAGACGAAUACAAGCGAGACAAAUCUCGUCAGGUUUAUACGACCAGGGAGCAUGACGACGCAAGGGUAGAUCGUAUGUUGGUCAUAACACGACAGUAUGAGAGCUUGGCGCUUGUGAAGAGAUGUCUUGAAAAGCGGUAUUUAAAGGUCAAUAAGAGACCUGUCGGCAGCUUAUACAAGCCCAUCAUGUAGACGUAAUCCCCGAGCCACUGCUGAUACCACGUAUAGCGCUUCUUGAGACUGCGAGGUGCUUAAGAUGAAUUGAAAGAAGAAUUCGAGAUUGCCA